AUGCAGUACGCUCGACUCGGGCGCUGUGGACUUAAGGUGUCGCGCAUAAUUCUGGGUGGCAUGGCCUUCGGAAGACCAACAUGGGAAGGCUCGCCGUGGACGUUGAACGAGGAAGCCAGCAUGGAAGUCAUCAAACGAGCGUGGGAUCUCGGUAUCAAUACGUGGGACACGGCCGACACGUACUCCAACGGCGAAAGCGAGCGCAUCCUAGGAAGAUUCCUCAAGAGAUACAGCAUUUCACGAUCGAAAGUGGUGAUCAUGACCAAGCUGUUCAACCCUGUAAUGGAUGACGACAGCAGACCGAGCCCCGCAGAUCCUUGUUCACAAGAGCUGGUGAACCAGAUGGGCCUCAGUCGAAAGCACAUCUUCGACGCCGUAGACGCAUCUCUCGAAAGGCUGGGCACAUCGUACAUCGAUGUGUUGCAGCUGCACCGUUUGGACCGUGAAACAGAACCAGAGGAAAUCAUGCGCGCUCUCCAUGAUGUAGUAAGCAUGGGCAAAGUGCGGUACCUGGGCGGUUCCUCAAUGGCGACGUGGGAAUUUGCCCGACUCCAGUACAUUGCAAAGAUGAACGGCUGGACGCCGUUUGCAUCGAUGCAGCCGUUCUACAAUCUACUUUAUCGCGAGGAGGAGCGCGAAAUGAUUCCAUUUUGUAAUGCGGAGGGCAUUGGCAUCAUUCCAUGGUCCCCGCUCGCUCGCGGGCUCCUGGGCAAGCCUGUAGGCGCAACGAGUGCGCGGAAUGAAGCAGACAGUAAGACAAAGAAGUGGUUUGGUGAUGCGAAUUCGGACAUUGUUAGGAGAGUGGAGGAGCUGAGCAAGAAGAAGGGUGUGAGCAUGGCGAGCGUAGCGACGGCAUGGGUGUUGCGGAAGGGAUGCAGUCCGAUUGUAGGGUUGACUAGUGUGCAGAGAGUGGAGCAGAUUGUGGAGGCAUUCGAGGUGGCGCUCUGCGAGGAUGAUUGCAGAUUCUUGGAGGAAGCAUAUCGGCCGCGAGAGGUGCAGAUGUAG